UAAGAAAUCUGUCUAGAAAUCAACUUUAAAUUUUUAUAUUUACUGCUUGAAAAUUAAAUUUUUAAGGAUUGAUAUAUUUAUUGAAUUUGUAGGCCUACUAGGCAACCAAGACAAAAAGAAACGUAAAAAAGUCAAAUGCGCUCCAGAAUUCAGGUCAAGCAUGUUACAGAAUUCAAGAAAUAUUUGGAAGAACAGAUGCAACGAAUAGAACCUGUCAUUCAGGAUAUGCAAAACGCAGUAGAAAAAAGCAAGUUUUGGAUUGAAGAUAAAAAUGACAACCCGCCUAUCACCUACAGCGAGCUAUGCCAGGAACUUGAUUCAGCGACCACGGCAAUGUUGGGUGCAGCGUUACACAUUAUAAGUGAAAAUAAAGAGACGUUAGAUGUCGAUGCCGCAACGCCAUUUUUCUAUCAGUCUACAUCACAAACUACAGAAACAGAAAACCGUGAGUGGACUGAAUCAACAAAUCAAGUUACUAAACAAACAGACGAAAUAUUAAGUCGACUUGAGCAGAUAGAGACAGCCAUAUCUUCUCUACUAGACGUCAGAGACAAGUCUACAGAUGACAUAUCAGAAAUAAAACAAUGGAGAGACAACUUUGUAACAAAACAGAGUGACAUGGGGGUAAACAUUGAACAACUGACUAAAAAACAAAAACAGAAUUUUAAAAACCUCAGAAAACAAAUGAGUGAACAAGAUAACAAAGUAAAGGAGCUGAACAAAGAAAUUGAAAGUUUAAAAGAAAAAGAAUCCAAGUCAAACAAAACACUAGAGAAACUGUCUCUAGAUAUAAAGGGAUAUGAAAACAACUUACUCAAAAUAAAUAAAGAUAUGCAAGAUCACGCAGAUAAAUCUGAUAUUAUAACACAAGAAAUUAAAAGACAUUCAGAUCAGAUGUCUACCCUACAAGAAGAAAGUUAUAAAAUCCAGCUUAACACAUCAACUCAAUUAGAAAAGCACAGUCUAAUGUACAAACUCCUGCAACAAAGAUUGAUGCCCAUUGACAAACUGAUUCAAAUCUUUAACAAAAACUUGGAAACAAGGGAAGAAAGAAUAACGAAGCUGGAAAAUAUUGAAGGUGCUAUUUCAAAAUUGUCCAAAGAUUUAAAUAUUAUAGAGUCACGUGUAUGUAACAGAUAUGCUUGUCAUGUGGAGUUUGAUGAUCCCACACCUGUCAGUACUGGAUCAAUUAUUUCAAGAUUUACUGAACUACGUGAAUAUAACGGUCAACAUUUUGAUCAAACAACAGGAAAAUUUAUAUCACCACAUGACGGUUUAUAUCUUGUCUGUGUGACUUUACAUGAAUGGGUAGAUAAACAGAUUAUAGUUGGUGUGUGGGCUGGAGACGUGAUGUGUACGACUAUAGAUGUGAAAUGUGCCAACACUAGCGCUGCUGGGUCAGUGGUUGUUGACAUGAAGAAAGGUCAAGAAAUUUACCUAAAAGUGUCUUGCGCUGAUCAAGGCGCAAUGUUAUCCAACUUUAGUAGUUUUACUAUCGUUAGUUUAUAG